CACAUUGUGGGGAUUGCAACUAAUGUUACAAAGGAAUACGUGUAUACAUUUUUAAAUGAGAAAUUAUCUUGAGCUGUAAACUUUCACCUAAAGCACGAAUAAAUUUUAAAAAAUGUCAAUUUUACUCAAGGAGAUACUGAGGCAUGUCCUAGGGGGAUUUUGUGACAGCCCUUCCUUCCAGGGCAUAGGGUGCUGGAUUCGGACAGAUGGCCACUGCCUUAGGUUUUGAGAUCUUUAUGUCCGCCCAGGGAUGACUGAGUCAUAAUUAAACAAAAUGGGUUAGAUGGAAAAUUGUGAGGUUCAAAAAUAGGAGAGGAAGUAAAGGGAAAAUAGUUGCCAGACCGAAGAAAGCAUUGCUCUGAGUGAUCAGCCAUUCAUUACAUGGUAGAAUAACAAAAAAAUAAAAUUAAGAGAAGCAGCAAAAUGAAUGGCGUGUGACCAGUGGGGGCGGGGGGGGCAUUGCCAGGAGUGACGGCGUGAAUGUGAGAAAGUGGGUGACCAACUUCGGGGCUCAGGCAGCCAGAGAAAGAGAAAGGGAGGAGACUGGACGGCUGGGCGGGGAGAUAGCAAUCCCGUCGGAGUCACCUCUGCUGGGCACGGAGACACAGGGCAAGCUCAGAAGACAGCCUUCGGCAGCUGAGCCUAGAGAAGACAGAACGGCUUGAACGUUGGGCGAGCGCUCCAGCAAGGAAACCAGAGGGGGCGACGCGGAGGGGACCGGCCGGGAGGAGCGUGUCUCGGUGGCGCCUGCGUCCCAGCCUGCACGCUCUGUCCCUGCGCGCCUCGGUCCUUUUGCGCCGGUCCCUGUGGUCUGGACCGGUUCCUCCUCACAGACCUCCUGUCCUUCGCCAGCGCUUUCCGCCUGUCUUCUCCAAGCGCCCAUCUAUAAUGGAUGACAACUCCCUGCUCUCGGUACCAAGCAACGUGGAGUCCCCCCUGAUGUGUGACGGUUUGGAGCUGCAGCGCAGAAGCGGAGGCAGCAGCAGCCCCGGGAGCAGCUUGGGUAGCUCCAUCACGGCGUGUAAGAAGGUUCUUCGUAGCAACAGUCUCCUGGAGUCCACCGACUACUGGUUGCAGAAUCAGAGGCUGCCUUGCCAGAUUGGCUUUGUGGAAGACAAGUCCGAGAACUGUGCUUCCGUCUGCUUUGUGAAUCUGGAUGUAAGCAAGGAAGAGAGCAGCACAGAUCACCUGCAACAGAAAUUGGUCAACGUUUCACCAGAUCUUCCAAAACUUAUCAGCUCUAUGAACGUCCAACAGCCAAAAGAAAAUGAGAUUGUCCUACUAAGUGGGUUAACAUCUGGAAAUCUCCAGGCAGAUUUUGAAGUUUCACAGCGUCCUUGGCUGCCAGAUAUUUGCUUGGUCCAGUGCGCAAGGGGGAACAGACCAAACAGUACCAACAGCAUCAUCUUUGAAAUCAACAAAUUUUUGAUUGGCCUGGAACUGGUGCAGGAGCGGCAGCUCCACGUGGAAACGAGCACCUUGAAACUGGAGGAUGACACAAACUGUUCCUUGUCCUCAAUUGAGGAAGACUUUCUCACUGCAUCCGAGCACUUGGAGGAGGAAAGUGAAGUGGAAGAAUAUAGGAAUGGUUUUGAAAAUAUAAAUGUCUCAGGCAGUGUUUUGGAAAGUCAAAAGCCAAAGGAAACCACCCAGGAGGAAUGGAAUCACAACAAGGAAGAGUUGCUUUAUGCUUUGGAAGACAAAUAUACUAACAAGUAUCAUCCACCGUUGGUUAAAACAGAAGGAUCUCUAGAAAACGUAGCAGAAGAAGCAGACUUAAGGAGCCUGGAACCAUCAGCCAAGACACCACAGUGGAAAGGCGAAGCUGUGGGGAAUUUGAGACCCGCCACCAGUUAUUAUUGUUCAGAGAAUGUUAAAGGUCAAGUGAAAAAAUCACACGCAUGCUAUACUCCAGGCGAUGCUUAUUUCACCGGAUUGGUUAGGAAAGAUGUGCCUUCUGCAUGUGGCACCAUCAUUAAGAAUGGUAGCAACUUAGAGCCUGGAGCCCCUGGGGGUAGAAGAAAAUCUCUUCCUCCCAUCCAAGAUGGAGAAGCCACGACCGGAGAGUAUGCUACAAACUUAGCAGAAUCCGUGCUGCAAGAUGCAUUUAUUAGGUUAUCUCAGUCUCAGCCUGCACUACCCCAGGAAUCUGCAGUCAGUAUUUCUGUAGGAAGCGCCAUGCUUUCCAGUGACUGUUCCACAAAAGACACAGUGAUCCCUCAGUCAUGGAAUGAGCUCCCCAAAAUCGUCAUAGUGCAGAGUCCAGAUGGCAGUGAUGCUGCCGCUGAGCCAGAAGUUUGCUCAUGGCCUGAGACAGAAGUCUCCACUGAAACCCCAAGGGCCCUCGCUGGAGAGAACUCAAACAGACACCCCCAGAGUGCCCUAGAAGUAGUGUUAGCUUGUGCGGCCACUGUGAUUGGAACCAUUUCCAGCCCACAGGCCACAGAAAGACUCAAAAAGGAACAAGAAUUGCUGGUAUCAAGCAGUCUGCUGGGAGGCAGCGAAGCACUGCAAACUCAAGCCUCCCAGGAAAUGAAAGAACCUUCUCUCGGUGAAUACUCCUUUCCCUCUGCUUUGUGUGGCAUGACUCAGGUAGCAAGUGCUGUUGCUGUCUGUGGCCUAGGUGAAACACAAGAGGUGAAGUGCCCUGUGGCGACAAGUGGCCUCUUCUCUGCAGCUCAGGCUUCUGCAGCAGUCCCCCCACUUGGUGGUUUAACGAUGAAGAGGAACAUGGAGCUGGGGAGUGAGGCCAUUGCAGAGGCUCUGCUCAAGGAGGCCACGCUGGUUUUAAUGAGACCAAACACCUAUAGUAGCAUCAAAGACCUCGUGGAAUCAAUGUAUGGGAAAAUCAUAGAAACUGCUUCAAGGCCUCAGACCCUGUGCUCAGAAAAUAUCCUCAAGAAUGAACUGGCACAGAACCUGUCCAGUGUUAUCCUGAAGCAUUCCAUUGAUGAAGUUUAUCAAAAAAAUAAAUUAGCUGAACCCAACGAUGGUAGGCAUCCAUCUGAUACUCUGGACACCUUAAUGGAAAGUACAAAUCAGCUGCUCUUCAGUGUGAUCUAUUUCACUUUCAAGAAGAUGAGCCAUCUUGUACAGCUGGGUGAAGGUCCCACUGUCCUUUCUAAGGAGACCAUCAGAUGGAGGGAAACAGAAAUAGGCUACCAGCAAACGAAUCAGCUAAGCACUGAAUAUGCCAGCAGUCAUUCAACUAGCAAUCUGCCCAACACUAGUCUUGUCAUUAAAGAAGCUGUAGAUGACAUGCAUCCAAAACAAGAUAACAAGGGCGGAACAAGGCCAGGCCUCUUCAAGAAUCCCAGUCUGCAAGCUGAAUUGUCAUAUAGCCACAGUGUGCACAAUUCCUCAACAGCUAAAGCACCCCCCAAGGAAAUACAUCUGAAAGGAACUACAGAUGACAUUACAAAAACCCAUCAUCCGAUGUCCAGUCUCAGGGAGAAGGAACACAAGGGCUCUCCAGAGGGAGAGAGGGCACCUAUGGUCAACAAACGCAGAAAGGGAUCCCAGGAUGCUGAGGACAGUAUCAACCCAAACACUCAAGAAAAAUGCAAUGGUGACAUGCCUCUCAACAAUGAAGUUCAAGUCAAUCUGUCUUUGUUAGGGAAUGACUUACUGCUUCCCUCUCAGCCAAUGCUACAAGCAAAACAUGCAGACAUAUGCUGCAUUACAGACUUUGCGGAAGAAUUAGCAGAGACAGUUGUCUCCAUGGCAACUGAAAUCGCAGCGAUUUGCCUUGACAACUCCAAUGGAAAACAACCCUGGUUUUGUGCGUGGAAAAGAGGGAACGAGUUUCUGGUUACACCAAACUUAUCCUGCCGAACCUUGAAAAGGAAGAAGGAGAGCCAGACCAGUGGAGCCACGGUCAGAAAACACAAGCCGCCACGGCUCAGUGAGAUCAAGAGGAAAACGGAUGAGCACCCUGAGCUGAAAGAGAAAUUGAUGAACAGGGUUGUGGAUGAAUCUAUGAACCUCGAGGACAUCCCAGAUUCUGUCAAUGUCUUUGCAAAUGAAGUGGCAGCCAAGAUCAUGAACUUAACGGAGUUCUCCAUGGUGGACGGCGUCUGGCAAGCCCAGAGCUAUCCUCGGAAUCGGUUACUUGGUGACAGGUGGAACAGGCUGAAGGCCUCCAGCUGUGAAAGCAUUCCAGAGGAGGACGCUGACAGCAGGGCCUAUGUAAACAGCCUGGGUUUAAUGAGUACCUUAAGUCAGCCAGUGAGCAGGGCCAGCUCUGUCUCCAAACAGUCCAGCUGUGAGAGCAUCACUGACGAGUUCUCCAGGUUCAUGGUGAACCAGAUGGAAAAUGAAGGGAGAGGUUUUGAGUUACUGCUGGACUACUAUGCUGGCAAGAAUGCCAGCAGCAUUUUGACCUCAGCUAUGCAACAGGCAUGCUGGAAAAAUGACCACCUGAGUGUAAGGCCAAGCUGUCCCUCCAAGCAGUCCAGCACAGAGAGUAUAACUGAGGAGUUCUAUAGGUACAUGCUGAAAGACCUUGAAAGAGAAAGCAAAGACAGCCCUUCAUCCAGAAGAAGCAGUCAAGAUUGGACUGCUAGCCUACUGCCUCCUCCCCUGAGAGCCCCAUUUUGUUAUAGACAGUCAUCUGUGCCAGACAGCCGCUCACCAUGCACCAAGUUAACAGUGAAUGCACCCAUCAAAGCCAACUCCUUAGAUGGCUUUGCGCAAAAUAGGCAAGAUUUCCUAAGCGUGCAACCAGUCAGCAGUGCUUCCUCCUCAGGUCUCUGCAAAUCUGACUCUUGCUUAUAUCUCAGAGGUGGAACUGACAAGAUCACAAAUAUGUUGAUUCACGAAACGUGGGCAAACUCCAUUGAGGCCCUCAUGCGAAAGAACAAAAUCAUAGUGGAUGAUGUUGAACUAGUUGACGCUGAGCCUGUUUCCGGUGCCUCACCCACACAAGGGGACAAGUGUGCAAACAGAUUAGCUUUGAGCGGAGUGCAAAGUGGGUCAACUCUGCUUGUUCAGGAAUCUGUUGACUACCCAAGGAAAGAAUCCCUUACCGAAAGCAAACAUUCCUUAGUGUUAACUUCAAGCAAAGCUGGUUCUCUUAAAAACCACAACAGCAUAGAUUCUAAAAAAGAAUCUUCCAUGUGCCAUGAUGCUAUCCCUCCAGACCACACCAUGCAAUCGCUAUGCUCAAGGGAAGUGCCUUUAAUUCAGAUUGAAACAGAUCAAAGAGAAGAGUAUGUUGGAGAACCUGAAGACUUCCUUUUCCAAAGCAGCCCCCAUGAGGAAGCAGAAGAACAUUCCAAUGAAGAAAAAGUCCCAGACGUGGCAAGGAGCAGAGACACAGAGGGGAGCACCUGCCAAAACCAUAGUGACAGCCUUGAUGUCAGAGACGUACCAGAAGCUGAAGUGUCAACAGAAGCCAGAGACCCCAGUGAGUUCCCCAGCCCUCCCAGCAGCAGUGAGGAGAGCACAGGCAGCUGGUCUAAGCUUGCCAACGAGGAGGACAACCCCGACGACACAAGUAGCUUUCUGCAGCUCAGUGAGCGAUCCAUGAGCAAUGGCAACAGUAGUGCCACUAGCAGUCUUGGCAUUAUGGACCUGGACAUUUAUCAGGAAAACAUGCCAUCUUCUCCCAUGAUUAAUGAAUUAGUAGAAGAAAAGGAGAUUCUUAAAGGACGGUCAGAACACAUAGAGGAAUGUGCCUCUGGACUGCCGGCGGGGUCGGCCAGCCACCAGCAGAGCCUGCUGGUGAUCAACUUUGACCUGGAGCCAGAGUGCCCUGACACCGAGCUUCGAGCCACUCUGCAGUGGAUAGCUGCCUCUGAACUUGGGAUUCCCACCAUCUACUUUAAGAAAUCUCAAGAAAACAGAAUUGAAAAGUUUCUAGAUGUCGUGCGGCUGGUUCAUCAGAAGUCCUGGAAAGUGGGGGAUAUCUUUCACGCAGUUGUCCAGUACUGCAAAAUGCAUGAGGAGAGGAAGGAUGGGGUCCCAAGUCUCUUUGACUGGCUCUUGGAACUGGGAUAAGGCAGCUUGCCCUGUAGAGCAUUUCUUUCCUUGACUCCAGCUUCAAUUCCAAUGGUUUGCAAAACGCCCUAAACUUUCUCAAAACACUGCAUCCUGUUAGCAAAAAAAAAAAAAAAUCUGCUGCUCAAGUUUACUGCACAUGGAAUAAAUCUGAGGAAAAACAAAACAUAGGUCUGUACAAAUCAAUACAUUCUGUGGGUGACUUCAAAAAAAACUUGCAUUAGAAUGGCUGGAAAAAGAAACUACAAUGGGCCCCAACUUAGAAAGUUUAUAACUAGGUCCAAAGUCCAGGAAAGCUCUACUCAUGUAUUUUUAAUAAUGUAAAAUGAUAUGUCAUGUCUCCAAUUAUGUACAUCAACUGGAAACUAAUUCACUGGUCAAGAUAAUUUUGUAAACUAUGCUGUAACUUCUACUUUCCUUGUCUGAGCAGAUGAAGGGGCUACCAAACCAUUAAGAUAUGGAUGAGAAAUUUCUAGGACUUUUAUGUAAUAGAUUUCCACAUCCAGACGGGUAUCAGUAGAUAUUCACAGAAAUGCAAGAGUAUGCCAUGUCCUCUCCAGAGGUGAUUCCAUUUAUUCAUUGCAACCCGCAGAUAAAUAGUCACCUCUCCUCAACAAUAUCUGAACUCCUAGCUACCCAGGACACCAUUGGUGUUCAGCUGAAGGAGAGGAAGAUUGAAAAUUAUCUUGUUUCCAUCACUACAUUACUUUGGUAACAUGAUUACAGAAUUCCUACCAUGUGGGAAAGCUUUCUUACUUAAAAAAAGUCCUUUGAGAUAACACCUGCUUGUGUAUUAAAUUACAUGAAAUGCAAAUUUUCUUUUUACUUUUAUUAUAAAUUAUGAAGAGAUUGUCAUCUUAAAUAAUAUAUCAAGUUAGCUUAGCGAUCCAGAAAAUAUGAAGAGAUUGUUAUCUUAAGUAGUGUAUUGAUUUUGAGCACGGUGGUUCAUUUGAUUAUGAACAUGUUGGCACCGUAUGGCAGCCUUGCAGCUAUGGUGACAUUUACAAUGAGUGAUGCAGGGCAAUAACCUUGGAGUUGACAUGACCAGUUAGGAUCAUAGUCUAAAUGAUCUCCUUUCCUGACUCAGAGAGAUUGGCAUUGAAUUUGGGAAAAAGAAAUCCUUAUCAUGUUUUCAGUAUUUAAUAACAGAGAUGUACCAUUUUGAAAAUAAAUGUAUCUAACACUUCCCAAGGUAACCUAGUGGGCUCAGUGGUUAAGUGUUUGGCUGCUAACCAAGAGGUUGGCAGUUGGAAUCCACCAGCUGCUCCUUGGAAACCCUAUGGGGCAGUUCUACUCUGUCCUAUAGCAUUGCCAUGAGUCCGAAUCGACUGGACGGCAACGAGUUUGGUUUUUGGUUUGAUUAACAUCUUCCAAAGUCUUCUGUUCUUUUAACUGAAUGAGCUACACUGGCUUUUAUUUUCAUGCUCAGAGUAGAUGUUCAUUAAAUAUUUCCUGAAAUACUAUACUUUUACAAAGAUAGCAAAGUAAUUUUAAAUGUGAAAAAGGCCCCAUGCCAUCAAUGCUAGCCUGACCUGAUCUAUAUCCAUAUCUUGAAAUGUCAAGAAAGGUUCCUUAUGAGCAAGCCUUUUCCCUUGGUAAUCCUUCCCACUACAGGUUAAGCAUUCAUUGCACAGAGUCCAAAUUUAGGCUGUAUAUUUAAUGUGACACAUUAACCAAGUGUCAACUUUUAAAGUACACCCAUCAUCUCAGACUGAAAGUUCUUUGUGCUACUCAAUGAAAAGAAUGUUUGUUUUAUUUAAAGAAUCCCAGAUAAUUGUGUGUAGACUUCUGCUGUGCUCGAAUAUAUGUUUACUUAUCCUACAAAGCACAAAUUAUAAUACUGGAUUGUAACCUGUGAUGAAAUCAUAUAUGUUGUAUCAAAUGUUGUGAACUAACUAAUCAAUAAAUUUCU